AUGUCUGACAACAGCGGGUUCGUCCGCCUCAACCCCGUUUCCCAGGCUCUCGCUGACAGUCUCUGCCUCUCUAGUGCCCUCCCUGGCUUCCCCAGCCCUUCUCCCAUCACCUACACCACCACUACCAACAACACCUACAGUGACGGGAACGCCCCCGGUCUACAGCUGUAUGACAGUAGCGGUCACUCCUCCGUCUCCUCUGCUCCGUCUACUAUCACCUACGACCCCAUCAACAAUGACGACAACGCCCUCGGUCUCCAGCUUUCUGCCGUGGCCCCCUCUCCCACCAGUAGUGGCGACAAGCCCAAGCCCAAGGCGAGGUCUUCGGCUCAUGUCACCAGCACCAACGGCAUCAAGGAGAGCGGCAAGGAGAAGAAGCAUGCAGAGGGCUGCAAGCGUAAGAGCAUGUCUUGUGAGUACUGCAGACAGCGACAGAGGAAGUGCGAUGGAGACAAUUUCAACGCCUGCACCCUCUGUACCUACAAUGGCAUCGAGUGCAAAUACGUCCUCGCCAAGGGCAAGCGAGGCUCCCAGAAGGCUUUCAAGCAGCUCGCCGCUAUGGGUCGUGCUCCCUCCGCCGACGGCAUCAUCAUCGCCACUCCCUCAGCUUCAUCUCUUGCCUCGUCUUCCGGCACGUCCUCCAUGAGCCCUAUCACCCCGAUCACUCCGGCCAGGUCCACCGUCGAGCUCAGCUCCGGUCCCUGCCCUACCAGGGUCUCCGCCAGCCUUACUUCUGGCUUCGCCACUCCCCACAUCUUCAUGCCCUUCGUCCCGCCCACCCAGGUCAUGGCUCCCACCACCCAGCUUUCUGUUGCUGUUGGCGCCCACGGCAUGCUGAAGGACCACCGCGUUGUCGAGAUGCAACAGGCGUUGUUCGACAACGAGUUCGAUUCAUGCUGCUCGGUCCUUGCUGCUGUUCCUGCCAGCGAGUCAGCAGCUCCUGGCCACCUUCCUACUCCGCGUACCACCCCAGUCAAGCCUACCUACGUGCGACCUGUCGACGUCUCCCCCGUCCAGGCUCCCACCUUUUCCCUCAACGACACCUCGGUGCCCUCUGCCCUGCCCCCUGUGGUAGCCUCUCAGCCCCAGCUUCCUGCUCUCACGGGCCAAGGUCUUUCUGAGAGCGAGAUGCUUGCGUUUGACGAGCUGGUCAUGGACUUGGAUCUGGGUGAUGAUAUCGUCUCCGCUCCCGCCGAAGUUCCCAGCAGCGCCGCUACCAUUGCUCAUCUCCACACUCCAGACACUACCCCAUUGAAGCCUACCGUCGAGAUGUCUGCCGUCAGCGACUCUGCCGACCACACCUCUGUCAACUUCUCCUACGCCGGCUUCUUGGCCCCUGACAACACACCUUGGUUCAUCACACCUCAAACCCAGGUUGGAAACCAGGCCCUUGUGGGGAACGAGAACGUUGGCUGGGGCAUGUGUGGUACGGAGGAGAUGGAGACGAGCGAUGCGAGCUCUUGGGGUGCUAUCGAGUCUCCUUUCAACACCACACCCUUCGGCGACUCUUUCACCCCUGUUACGGAUGAGGCUGCCGACAGCGGUAUGCGGGGACUGUGGAACUGA